UAGCGCUUAUUUUAGUAAAUAGAAAUUGAUUUGUCUUCCUUCUGAAAGCAAGAUACAUUUUAUAAACAUUACCGCAGAACUUUUCAUGUAAACAUGACUUGGCAGAAGCCGCGAUUUUCUUCUGAACUUCCUCCCCUUGUGGACAUGCAGUGGUUAUCAGCAGAGGAGGCUGGUCUCGAUGAUGGUGAGCUGGCGGCGGAGGAACGGCGUCAUGUUGCUUUUCUCGAUAAAAUCGUUCAUGCCAACCAAGAGUUUAUUCCCAUAGGUAAAACUUGUCAGGAAGUAGAAUUCGAGGACGAGGAGGAAGAAGAGGACGACGAAGAGGACGAAGAAGGAGAGGAGGAUGAUAGCAACGAAGAGGAAGAAGAAGUUGAGGGUGAGGGUGAGGUCGAGAUGGUCGAAGGCGAUGCCGAAGUCGAAGGUGAGCCCGAGGCCGACGGCGAGCCUGAUGGUCGGCCAGCCACUCCGGGAGUAGACUACAAUCUCACCAAUUUUCCCUAAUAUACUACUUAGUGCAGUUAAUUGAAAAAAAGGAUUAUGAAUCAGGCAUAUGGACAAAAAUGAUCUUGAAUAGUCUUUAUAGCCAAUAGAUAACAGAAUAUGGUGUGCUACUGUUUAGCAGCACAGACUCUAGCCGCGUCCUUUGCGAUAUAAUGUCAGAAAGCGGUGUCAACUGCUGAAAAAAGCAAAACAUAAGCGGAAGUACGUAGAUUUUCAUAGAGAGAUAUACACAAGCAGAACUGUUUGUUUAAAUAGAACAAGCUGUCUUUGUGCUAGCGUUAUUAUGUAAUAUGUGGCUUCUUUCCAUUGAAAUUAUGUGAGAUCGGAGUAAACGACAUGUAAAUAUCUUGUAAAUGUCUUGUAAAAAAGAAUAAGAAGGUGGCAGCGUUCUUGCUGAGUUUAAGAUUAGAGAUAUUUGCACCACGCGCUCAAAACCGUAGGAGCUAGAGGCAGGCGAGGGCAACACAGUGCUUGAAUAUUGUCUCUACUAUUGUCUAAUUCAUAUAUAGGUUCGCGAGAUAUCAUGUACAAGAGGUUGCUUUUUACCUCUCUCCCAAAUUUCGUUUAUUUGAAACCGUUUAACUUUAGCUAAGUAAUGAGUUAAUCCGUAAUCUGUACCUAUCAACAUUCCGGCAUCCCUGCAAGGAUGCAAGGUUAGCAGGAUUUGAUCAUGGAAUUUGUUUUAAGGCUUUUAGUUUUAUUUAACAAUGUACAGAAAGCAAAAAUUGUUGCUGUCCGUGUAUUCUUACAUAAUUUUUCUAGGUGACUCUUCUUGAGACCCUGCAACAGGUUCUUUAUAUAUAUAUAUGUAUGUAUGUACACAUGUUAAUAAAGCCAUAAA